AUGCGUCUUCGGCCCUCGUCCUCUGGGCGCAGCGGCCUUUUGACGCCUCUACUGUCCAUCUUCGUCUUCCAAGGCGCCGUCAGCGCUCUCUCGUCCAGCGGCGCCACGCCCGUCGGGCCCCUCGCCACCGGUCCCGCGCGCCUCAGCAGCAACAGCACCGGCUCCUCCUCCGCAGCGGCACUUGUGCAAAAGGCGCUCAGGGUACUCGCCGCGGUCAACAAGGAGCGCGUCGAGCGCCCCGUCUUCAACGACAACACGCGGCAGGACCCGUCCGCGGAGGACAGCAAGCCCGCGCCGCUGCUCGACUACAACGCUGACCCCGCGUCCAUUGCCGCCAGAUCGCAUGUCCGGCGCAGCGGCAACGCGACCACAACCACGAGCGGCAGCUACCGCAUCCCGCAGGAGCUGGCCGAGGCCGCGGCUGCUGUCGCCGAGUCGAGCCCGCAGGUCCCCGAGGGCGACCACGAGGCCGUCGCGGCGUGCAUCCGGCAGAAAUACACACCCGGCGCGCUCAGGGACACCAACACGCCCGAGGAGUUGCAGGCGCCCGAGGGCCGCCUGUCCGUAUUCGCUGGCGACGCGGCGGCCGAGAAGCGCGCUUCCGGGUACUGGCUGAUUGACGAUCAGCGGUUCCCCGGCCAGAGUCCGUUUUCGCCGGCCGGAUACAAGGUGUGGCGCAACGUCAAGGAUUUUGGUGCCAAGGGGGAUGGCAAGACGGACGACACGGUGGCCAUCAACAAGGCCGUCUCGGACGGCGCCCGGUGCGGAGAGACGUGCAAGACGAGCACCGUCGCCCCGGCCGUCGUCUACUUCCCGCCAGGCACCUAUCUCGUCAGCGGAUCCAUCAUCCAAUACUAUAAUACGCAAUUCCUCGGUGAUCCCAACAACGUGCCCACCAUCCUGGCCGCCUCCAGCUUCGUCGGCCUCGGCGUCUUCACCUCCAACAAGUACAUUGGAGACAACGUCGGCUGGUAUCUCAACACGGCCAACUUCCUCCGGAGCAUCCGCAACUUCAAAAUCGACAUCCGCCUCACCGACCCCUACGCCUACGUCUGCGCCAUCCACUGGCAAGUCGCGCAGGGCUCGUCGCUCGAGAACAUUGAGUUCUACAUGCUGUUCAACAAGGACGUGCCGCACAGCACGCAGCAGGGCAUCUACAUGGAGAACGGCUCCGGCGGCUUCCUCGCCGACCUGAUCUUUGUCGGCGGCAACUUUGGCGCCUACUUUGGCAACCAGCAGUUCACCACCAGCCACCUCGUCUUCGUGCAGGCCAGGACGGCCGUGCAGGUGCACUGGGACUGGGCCUGGACCAUGCACGACUUCAUCAUCGAGAGCUGCGAGAACGGGCUCGUCAUCACGGGCGGCGCCGGCGGCGCGCACAGCACCGGCCAGGGCGUCGGCUCGCUCCUCCUCACCGACACCAUCAUCGCCAACACGCCCAACGCCAUCGUCACCUCGCUGCACGCCGAGAACUCGACCUCGUUCCUGCUGCAAAACGUCGGCUUCUUCGGCGUCCAGACGGCCGUCGCCGACAGCGUGGCCAAGAAGACGCUGCUCGCCGGCGGCGACGAGGUCCACGUCGACAGCUGGGGCUUUGGCCGCAUCACCAGCAAGGACGGCGCCGGCACCUUUGUCGACGGCCGCGCCAUCCCGGCCAUGAACCGCACCGAGGCCCUUACCGGCGUCCAGAACAACAAGAUGAAGCCAAACCUCUUCACGCGCCGCCGGCCCAAGUACUACGGCGUCCCCGCGGCCAAGGUCAUGAAUGUGCGCGCGCUCGGCGCCAAGGGCGACGGCACGACCGACGACACGGCCGUGCUCAACGCCAUCCUGUCCGGCGCCGCCAACACGUCGUCCGUCGUCUACUUUCCGUUCGGCGUCUACAUUGUCAGGGACACGCUGCGCGUACCCAUCGGCUCCCGCAUCAUCGGCCAGGUCUGGUCGCAAAUCAUGGGCACCGGCGCCAACUUUGAGGACGAGCUCAAGCCGCGGCCCGUCGUCCAGGUCGGCCACCCGACCGACCCGCCAGGCAUCAUCGAGAUUCAGGACAUGAUGUUCACCGUCUCCGGCCCGACUGCCGGCGCGGUGCUGAUGGAGUGGAACGCCCGCGAGUCCAGCAAGGGCUCCGUGGGAAUGUGGGAUUCACACUUUCGCGUAGGCGGCGCCAUCGGAUCCAAGCUGCAGCAAGAGACUUGCGCCAAGAAGAGCGGCAAGAUCAACCCCAGCUGCAAGGCCGGCUCCAUGCUGUUGCACCUCAAGCCCUCAUCCACGGCCUACCUCGAGAACGUCUGGGCGUGGGUCGCCGACCACGACCUAGACAAGCCGGACCGGCCGCAGAUCGACAUCUACGUCGGCCGCGGCAUCCUGAUCCAGAGCCAAAAGGCCUGGCUCUGGGGCACGUCCUCGGAGCACUGCGCCCUCUACCAGUACCAGGUCUCGGACGCGAGCAACAUCCUGCUGGGCAUGAUCCAGACCGAGUCGCCCUACUACCAGCCCGUCCCGGCCGCGCCGCAGCCCUUCCGGCCGGGCCUCUUCCCGGACGACCCCACCUUUGGCGGAUGCGACCCGGCCGACAGGCGCUGCUUUUCCGCCUGGGCGCUGCGCAUCGUCGACUCGACGGCCGUCUACGUGCUCGGCGCCGGCCUGUACUCGUGGUUCAGCGACUACAGCCAGGACUGCGUCGCCGCGGGCGACUGCCAGCGCCGCGGCGUCGAGGUCCAGCAGAGCGCCGACCUCUGGGUCUACAACCUGUGCACAAAGGCCAUUCUCGAAAUGGUGACGCCCGUGGGCGGCGUCGCCACGCUCGCCAAGGACAACGUCAACGGCUUCCUGUCGUCUGUCCUGGCCUGGCUCGAGGGCUCCGAGGACACCUCGGGCCGGCGCAACUUUCCCGGCUUCCCGGUGUAUACCCUCGACGGCCUGCGCAACCACAACCUGCCGGACCCGUGCAAGGCGGCUCUCACCACCAAGAUUUACUGCGACUACUGGGUCAACUUCUUCUCCGAGCCGUCCUACUACGGCAGUCUGAACAAUGCGACCUUGACCGAGUCGGUUUGUGACAAGAGCUGUGGCGAGUCGCUGAGCAGCUGGUUUAACAAUGUUGAUGCCAACUGCAAAGGAUAUAGCGUCUCGGGCGGUAUUCCCACACUGUACGGAGGUCGGAUAUGGGCUGGCUACAACGCGACUUGCCUCAAGGAUCCCAGCACGAAGAAAUAUUGCAACGACGUCAUCGCAGAUUUUACCACCGUCGGCUCAACCAAAGACAUGCCCAAGGCCGAGAUGUGCUCCGACUGCUACGUCCAGCGCCUCGCCAUGAUGCAGGCCUCGCCGUACACCGUGUACGACGAGAACUACAAGGCCGAUCUGGAAUUUGUGUACCAAAACUGCGGAAAGAGCGGCAACACGUCCAUCCCGCCCCCCAUUGUCCCCAGGCCCGAGCAGUCCACCAUGUGUGUGUCCGACAAGUGGCACACUGUCGGCUCCAAGGCAGAGACGUGCGAGGACAUUGCCUUUCUCAACAACGUCUCGACCGUGGCUCUCUACACUGCGAACCCAGAAAUCUUUGACUGCAGCCGCAUCGCCCCCAGUGCCAAGCUCUGCUUGCCGCUGUCGUGCGCCAAGCUCAUCUCCUUCAAUGCCGCCGACGGCUGCGAAGGCCUCGAGGCGAAGCACAGCCUGGGCCGCGGCGACAUCCGGCGCUUCAACCCGUGGGUGGCCUUUGACUGCAGCAACCUGGCCGGCGCCGUCGGCUUCUUUGGUGGCAUCCUGUGCGCGGCGCCCCAAAACGGUCUGUACACCCACAGCGGGCCCGGCGGCAGCGGCGACAACACUACGCCCAACCCGGGCAACGGCCAUACGUAUGAUCCCGUCGCGCCGCCGGCGAACUCGACGGUAGCCGCGGGCACCACGAACAAGUGCGGCAAGUGGCACGUUGUCAAAGAGGGUGACUCGUGCGUCAGUAUCUGCUUGACUUCGGAGAUUGACAUUGCGCUGCUCCUCAAGGCGAAUCCUUCGCUCGGAACCGAGUAUAUACAGUGCACGCCAAGCCUGGUCAAGGGUAAGGCGUACUGCACAGGGCCAAACUAUGGGUGGGAUGAGAAGGACGAGCUGUAG